AGGUGUGAGGAGAUAUGGGAUUUCAAUGAUUGAUGCUCUGGCACAAUGGCAGAUAUUGCUUUUUGCAUUCGCCGCCGUGUUGGCAGUCACUCGCGCAGGAGUUUUGCCUGAAGUACAUAGUUACUCAAGCAGUUACUCUUCCCCAGUGGCUUACGCAGCUGCGCCAGCAGUUGUUAAAGCACCAGUAGCUUAUGCCGCUCCUGCUCCAGUUGCCUACGCCGCACCUGCUCCAGUUGCCUACGCCGCACCAGCUCACUAUGCCGCACCCGUCGUUGCAAAAGCCGUAGCUCCCGUUGCAUACGCCGCCCCUGUCGUCAAGACUGUCGUCGAAGCCCCAGCUGAGUACAGUUACGGAUACUCUGUGCAAGAUCCUUUGACCGGAGACUCCAAGAGCCAACACGAAACCCGCCACGGAGAUGCCGUGCAAGGCUCCUACUCAGUUGUCGAUGCCGAUGGACACAAACGCACCGUGGAUUACACCGCCGAUGCCGUCAACGGAUUCAACGCCGUAGUACGUCGUGAACCUCUCGUAGCUAAGGUUGUUGCUCCAGUUGUAGCUAAAGUUGCUGCUCCCGUUGCUUAUGCCGCCCCAGUUGUUGCAAAGGCCGUAGCUCCUGUCACCUAUGCCGCUCCAGUCGUAGCUAAAGCUGUCGCCCCAGUCGCCUACGCCGCACCUGUUCAUUACGCUGCUGCUCCAGCACACUACUACCACCACUGAUCUAUUUCUUAA